AUGAAAAACAUAAUAAUCGACUGCGACCCCGGCAUUGACGAUGGAGUCGCCCUCUUCUUCGCCUUGUCUCACCCAUCGCUGAAUGUUCGAGCCAUCACGACCGUAUCGGGGAACCUCCCAGCCGACACUUGCUCCUACAACGCUCGCAAGAUCCUUCACCUGACAGGCCGUGAAGACGCACGCCAGAUCCCCGUCGCUCGGGGUACUCAAAAACCCCUCGUGAGGCCCUAUCCUCGAGAUCCAUUCUCUCACGGUUCCGAUGGUUUAGGCGAUCUGGGUAUCAUUGACGAUGGAGGCCUCAAAGAGUCUGGCCACUUUGCCCCGGAUCUCAUCCUUGAAAUGGUCGCAAAGCACGAGCACGAUGGGGAGGCCCUAUCGCUCCUCUGUCUCGGACCCCUGACGAACAUAGCACUGGCUUUGAUGAAGGACCCGUUUCUGCCAAAGAAAGUCUCGGAGCUGCUCUUUAUCGGGGGCUCAUUCGGCUUCCACAACACCGGCACCGUGCGUGCGACUGGCGGCAAUCCCGUGAGCGAGUGGAACGUCUACGUUGACCCCGAGGCCGCGGAUCUCGUGUUCAAAGCAGGCUUCAACCUCACGGCGUUGGGACUCGACGUCGUUACUCGCCCGGAUCUGGAGCUGUCAUCGUCGCACCUGGAGCGACUUCGUGUUGCGAGCGGCACAAAUUCAGGAGCCAAGUUCCUUCUCGACGUAGUGAACUUUGCGGCGUCGCGCAAAUUUGCCUCAUGGUGCUGCCUCAUCGAUUCCGUCGCCGUGGGCGUAGCGCUGGACUACUCCCUCGUUACAUGCGACGAGAUCAGCGUCCUUGUCGAGACAUAUAGUCCUCUGAGUCUGGGGCAGACGAUUGUGGACCGAAGAGAAAGACAGGAUCAUCGAUGGACGGUGGCAGCGAAGAUCAAGGCGGCAAAGGAUAUUGAUGUAGAGAGGUUUCUUGAAUUGCUUGUACAGACUCUUACGAGUUGA